AUGGCGGCACCGAGCAGUGGAGGUUCCUGCUUCGUGCUGGGGGGCUCGGGGGCGACGGGCCGGGCGCUGCUGCGGGAGCUGUGCGCACAGCGGCCCUUCAGCAGGGUGACGGUGAUCGGGAGGCGGCAGCUGACCCUGCCCGAGGGGAGCGGGCCCUCCGCCGAGCCGCUGCAGGACGAGGCGGACAACCAGGAGAACAUCCUCUCGCAGCUGCUAGGUGACUACGACAAGGUGAAGGCGGUGUCCGAGGGCGCCGACUGCCGCUGCAAGUGCCUGGUGAGACCCCUGGGCCGCGGCGCCUGCCAGCGCAUCAACCAGGGCUCCUUCCACGCCGAGGACUUCUACACCGUGGAGACCAUCACCUCGGGGCCCGGCUGCAAGUGCGCCUGUGUGGCCCCCCCCUCGGCUCUGAACCCCUGCGAGGGGGACUUCAGGCUGCAGAAGCUGCGGGAGGCGGACAGCGGAGACCUGAAGCUGUCCUCCAUUGUUGAGAUGCUAGAAAGUGCCUUCUAUGGCCUGGACCUGCUGAAGCUGCAUUCGGUCACAACGAAGCUGGUGGGCCGGGUGGAGAGACUGGAGAAGGGCAUGUCCAGGAAUGCCACGCGGACAGGAGUCAGUGUGGAGGAGCCCCUGUCAGAGCCCCAGCACCGUGUUGGGGAGAACUGCUCCAGCCUCAUCUCCAACAGCCUGGCCGACAUCGAGAGCUCGCUGCAGCGGGACGCGGAGGCUGCAUACGUGCACCCCGAGGGCAAGUACGAAGAAAGGUUCCUGAAGGAUGAAACCAUCUCACAGCAGAUCAAUUCUGUCGAGUCCCUUACAGAGUUGCAUCUCACUCCUGAGGAGGGGAAGCCCAAGCAGCUCCUGCAGAGGAAGCUGAGCCCACGGAGCCGCCCUCCCUCCAAGCCCACCAUUGUGCGGGGGGUCACCUACUACAAGGCUCAGUCCUCCGAGUCCGACAACGACAUCGAGGAGCAACAGGACGAGCUGUUCAGUGGGGACAACACCGUGGAUCUGCUGAUAGAGGACCAGCUGCUGCGGCCCAGCGGGCGGGUGGGUGAGGCUGUGAGGAAACCAUCCCCGGUGGGGUGGCCGCCCACCCCCAGCAUUGACCCCAGCACCGCGCCAACCACCCUGCCCCUGUCCACUGCCGCCUCCGUGGGGCCGACACCAGAGCCCACCACUGCCAGCCUGCCACCCCCUACCGUGGAGACUGCAACCACACCCUCGGUGCUGCCCGAGGAGGAGACCCCGCAGCUGCUGACAGCAUCAGCCAGCGUGGUGGCACCUGUGGCCACUGAGAGCCCGCCUGUGGCCAACAGCUCUGUCCCCAGCCCUGCUGUGGCUACCACCUCCCAGACCUCAUGGGAUGCGGGGAUGAGCCCUGAGCCUGGCAUGGGGAGCAGCCCGGGACCCUCGGAGCAGGCCAGCACCCCCCCGCCACUCAGCACCACCAUCCCGGCCACCCCGAAGCAGGCCCUGGAGGAGGAGGACAUCAGGAACAUCAUCGGGCGCUGUAAGGACACGCUGUCCACCAUCUCGGGGCCCACCACUCAGAACACCUAUGGGCGCAAUGAGGGGGCCUGGAUGAAGGACCCUCUGGCCAGGGAGGAGCGGAUCUACGUCACCAACUACUACUAUGGAAACACGCUGGUGGAGUUCAGGAACCUCGACAACUUCAAGCAAGGGCGCUGGAGCAACUCCUACAAGCUCCCCUACAGCUGGAUCGGGACGGGGCACGUCGUCUACAACGGGUCCUUCUACUACAACCGGGCCUUCACCCGUAACAUCAUCAAAUACGACCUGAAGCAGCGGUACGUGGCCGCCUGGGCCAUGCUGCACGACGUGGCCUACGAGGAGUCCACACCGUGGCGAUGGCGUGGCCAUUCAGAUGUGGACUUUGCCGUGGAUGAGAACGGCCUGUGGGUCAUUUACCCGGCCAUCAGCUACGAGGGCUUCAACCAGGAGGUGAUCGUGCUGAGCAAGCUGAAUGCAGCCGACCUCAGCACCCAGAAAGAGACGACGUGGCGGACGGGCCUGCGAAAGAACUUCUAUGGGAACUGCUUCGUCAUCUGCGGGGUCCUGUACGCGGUCGACAGCUACAACAAGAGGAACGCCAACAUCUCCUAUGCCUUUGACACGCACACCAACACUCAGAUCAUCCCCCGGCUGCUCUUCGAGAAUGAGUAUGCCUACACCACGCAGAUAGACUAUAACCCCAAGGACCGCCUGCUCUACGCUUGGGACAAUGGCCACCAGGUCACCUACCACGUCAUCUUUGCCUACUGAGAGCCCUGAGAUGGGGCACUGCGAGUGAGGGGCCACCAGCACCUUUUAUUGUUAUUAUUGUUAUUAUUAUUAUUAUUAUUUUGUACAAAUCAAAGAGUACGUGAUGGGUUUUUGUCUCAGGCUGUUUAGAUGGCGGAUUGUAGAUCGAUCCCCAGGCCAGGACCACCCCUUUGUCCCUGGUGUGACCUUGCCUCUGUGCUCGAGGGCAGUGUGGCGGGGCCCGUGGCAGCAGAGCUGCUCCUUUGGGGGGACGCUGAGGAGGAGGUGGCCCUGACAUAACCCUGCUGAUGUUUUUUAGAUGAAAGCCAUCAGCGCUUAACCCCAGGCCCAGUGCAAAGCUGGCCUUUCUGCUGCAGGCACCAGCUCCUGGCAGGACAGUGGUGUCCACCCACCCCAGUGGAGGGGUGCAUUGUCCCCCCUGGGGGCCACCCUCCCACCCAACAGACAGUGGGUGCUUGGGAGAUCCUGCUGUACAACACAGCCCUGGUGCUGGCACUUAGCUGAAGACUGUCCCCUCUCCCUCUGACUCUGCCCUUUGCAGCCUACCCUGGGGGCUCCGUCUGGCCUGGGGGAGGCUGUGGGUGCCGGGCUGGGAGCUGGCAGUGGGAGGGGGGCAUUGUAAAUAUGUGUAGAUGACUUCUGUUUGUGCGUUUUGUAACCAAAAUAGUCCCCACUUGGUAUUUGCCUCGCGGAGGUCCCAGCCUCCAUCCCUCCAGCCUGGCACCACCUUGUAUUUACCCGCUGUUAAUAAUAAAAGAUCAAGUACCUCUGCA